ACGAGUUAACACCUCGACGUAACAACUCGGAUAGCUACCGAAGCAAAGUAGAAACGAGUGACCGACAAAAAUAAGCGAAAAACGAGCAUACAACCGACGGCGCGCAAAGGGCUAUCAAAAGCUGAUAUUUCCACCGACGAAAACCAUGCAGGAACCGGAAACUGUGCAAGACAACGGCGAUUUACAAAUGUUGUUUGAGUUGUGAAAUUGCGAGGGAUAUUUUUUUCGCUCAGCCUCAGUCACCGACGGUAUUUUCGUAAAAUCGACACUGUUACCUUUUAAAUUAUGAAUCAAUAAACGCUUUUAAAAUGACGUUUAAAAAAUGUGUAGUUGAACUUCAUCGCGCGUCUUGAAAGUGCGUCUGCGAAAGUGCGAGUGUGUUGGUUGACGCCAAUUCAGAACUUCUUCAAAUGUGCUCCUCAAAUGUAGCUAAUAUUGUGCAUGAAAGUAGUUUGUUGAAUAGUGUUCGAGUGGGCAUGGAAUCUCCACCUCCACACCUUCCACAACAACAACAUUCGCAUUCACAUCAGCAACAACAGCCAACACUAUCUGUGAUGCCACCAAACACCGGCGGCGCUACAACGUUUCCGCUUCCAAUGCAGUCACAUGUUCCUAUACCCGGUUUGUCGGUGCACGGUAUCGGUCAAGCGCCGUCGGUGGCGCCGCCGCAUACAGCGUCCACAAUGCCGCUUUCGCCAACAGUUGGUCUACCAGCAGCUCCUCCUGCUGCCAUACCGCCGGGCAUUUCAAACGCUUCAGGCUUAAGCGGCAUUUUCGCAAAUGCUCAUCCUGCACCACAUUCGACGCUCAACGCACUGAUGUCACAGCACCGUCUUUUGGAACUCUCGCGCUUCGGUUUGCGUGGCUAUGAUUUGGCUCAACAUAUGCUGACGCAGCAAGGAGCGGUCUCCAAGUUACUGGGUACAUUGAGGCCACCUGGCUUAAUCGGCGGAUCAAAGCCGAAAGUUGCUACGCCCGCUGUCGUUUCAAAAAUCGAGCAGUACAAACGCGAUAAUCCGACAAUAUUUGCGUGGGAAAUACGCGAGAGGCUGAUAUCAGAAGGUGUUUGUACAAAUGCAACCGCACCCUCGGUAUCCUCCAUCAAUCGCAUACUACGUAAUCGUGCAGCCGAACGUGCCGCAGCCGAAUUCGCACGCGCUACCAGUUAUGUCUAUAUGCAUCCUACACAUCCCAGUUUCCCGACAUGGCCAUCGGCUAUACCACCACCACAUCAUUUAUGGGCGCCUGGAGCGCCCCCCAAUGGGGGUGGUGGAAGUGGUAGCGGCAGCGGUCUCCCACAUAUCUUUCCACCUGGUAGCUUAACAUCAACGAAUUCAAGUAUUUCCUUACCUGCAAUAUCACCAGGUUCGGGGAGUCAUGAAACUUUGGGCUCACCAGAUGCGAGUCGAAUGAUCGACAUUGAAGGCGAGGAUUCUGAUUCAGAUGAUAGUGAUCAACCGAAAUUCCGAAGAAAUCGAACCACAUUCAGCUCUGAGCAAUUGGAUGAACUGGAGAAGGAGUUCGAAAAAUCACAUUACCCAUGCGUUAGCACAAGGGAGAAAUUAGCAGCGCGCACCGCAUUGAGUGAAGCGAGAGUUCAGGUUUGGUUUUCCAACAGACGAGCGAAAUGGCGUCGACAUCAGCGAGUCAGUCAGCUGAAGCAGCGGCGUUCCAGCUCGCCACAGUCCACCGCCGCGAUGCAGCGUCCACAUUCACCAGCCAAUCCGCAGCGCCAAUCAUUGCUAUUGGAAGCAGACAAAUACGAUUUGGCGACGAUGGCAAGACAUUGCUUCAACAACAACACCAACAAAUCGAAUACAACAAACGCUUACUACCCAACACUGAGCACCCUGUCAAUGAACAGUGCAAAUCACUCGCAUUCGCCAAGCACGCCAGACUACACUCGCAAAGUGGCGAACGCUAUUGCCCCUACAGCAAGUCAGGAAGGAGGCCAAGCGACGGCACAGACAACAGCAAUAACACAAUGUCCAUCCCCAUACGCCCACAGCACAGCGCUAUUGAACAUGAGUACUUAUAUUCAGCAUCACCCCCAGUACCACCAACAACAUCAGCACCAGCAGCAGCUCCAACAUCAGCCACAAACAAUACGCCCCACAAGCGAUUCAACGGAAACAAAGGCGACUCUUCCUCUGCUUGCCCACACCACCAUGCCGGUGGUAUUUCCAUCGCACACAGCAUCAGUUCCAUUAUUAAUGGGCGGUGAGCAUAGCGCUUUUCGCUCAAUGGUGGUGAAUCCGACGCUGUCAGAGGCAAUGCUAGCGCUCAACUUCACACGUCAAUAUGUCGCCGCAACACAACAGUCAAAGUUACUUACCAGCAAUGGCACUGAAGGCAGUGCCGAUUCGCCAGCAUCGCAUUCAACAACACAAUCGCCAAUAGACUCGAUGCACUCACAACAAUCAGAGGAGGAAAUAAAUGUGGUGCAGGAUGUGAAUGCGACAAAGAGCAAGGUAUGAAAGUGUAGUGAAAUGAGCGCGGGAGGUAAACCAAAUGCGGCGCAGGAUUCCCAAGUCUGAUUAAAGCAAUUCUACCCAAAUAAAGAGAGUUAUGUAUGUGCGCCUGUUUGCGCAAACAUCCUGGCAUUUCUGGAUGCACCUAUAUAAGUGCAUACAUAUAUAUGUAUGUGGAAUGUAAUGUAAUGUGGAAUGUAAUUUUAUGUAAUAUAACUUUGAAAUUAGCGAACUGCAAUCGAGCCACUCUCUAUGUAUGAUUUAUUAUAAUAUAUUUUGUGUUAAUUUUCUCAAAUUUAUUGUAUUUAAUUAACUUAGUGCAAUUUACUGUAACUUGAAAACGAACCAACUAAACUCCGCAAUAUAGUUUAAA